GGCUGGCGGAGGGUCGCACCGAGGAGGGAGAGCGAGGAGGCGGGGAACCGGAGAGAGGAGGCCCCGGCGGUACCGAGCACCGACACUCAGACACCCACCGACCCGACAACAGAGGCUCCGAGGCCCGCAGACAGACCGGAGGAGGACGGGAGGAUGGAUGGAGAGACUAAUAUCGGCCGUCGUCCUGCUCCACCUGCUGGUUCUCUGCCACAGCUGCGGUUCUCGUAGUAUUUAGAUGCAGUACUUGGUGCUAAUACUUCUGUUUGCUAUUUGAAGUGUACAAAAACAUUCUGAUGGUCACAGACAUUGAGCGGCACCCAUUGCUCCGUUAUUCCUGACUUAUUGUAAUCUUACUGGUGAUGAGAUACAGUUGCUAUUCACCUGCUCUGAAAAUGUAGUUUAGCUUCAUUUGGAAGCUAUUCAAGGUUAGCAGCUAAGAGCUAGCUCACCAAACACCUGUCAACAUCCAUUAGUAAAAUUCAGCUUGAAAACAAAUGACUUAAAAAUGUAGUUCAACUCUGACCAGGAUCAGGUACUUGGCAGCUAACAGCUAGUUAGCGCUAGUGGUGAGCAGGUAGCGGUGGCGCAGGACUAAGUCCACGCAGAGCAGGGGUGCAAUGGAGUACCACUCCGGUGGUAGCCUGCCCCUGCUGGGGAGACCGCGGUACUGUCCUGGGGCAAACGCUAACGGAGGAUACCUGUGUGAGACGGGACACUGCUGCGGAGAGACUGGCUGCUGCACCUACUACUACGAACUCUGGUGGUUCUGGCUGCUGUGGACCAUCCUCAUCUUGUUCAGCUGCUGCUGUGCCUACCGACACCGCCGAGCCAAACUCAGAGUCCAGCAGCAGCAGAGGCAGAGAGAGAUCAGCCUGCUGGCCUAUCACGGAGCCAACUCCUACCCCUCCUCAAUGCUGGACCUGAGUUUCUUGGCGUCUCUGAAGCUGCCGUCUUAUGAGGAGGUGGCGGCUCAGCCCUCUACCCCUCCUCCACCCUACAGCUCUGUGUUCACCGCUCCACGCUACCCACAGCCCCCUCGUGCCGCAGACCCCCACCUGCUCACGCAACAUGGCCCUCUGUUGCACCGACCGCUCAGUGAUGGUCCAUCCUCUCUCAGCUCUGAUAACAGCUCCAGUUGUUCCUGCGACUCCUGCUGCCCCUCCUCUCCAUGUAGCUCCUCCUUAUCAGCACCUGUCACAUAUGAGACUGACACAAGCCACGCCUCCACUCCUAGUGAGGUUGCACCCCUCACGCUUGAUGUCACCAUGGAAACCAUCACUGCUGCGGCCUCCUGCUUAGAGGUAAAUGAGAUACAAUUUGCUUCUGAGAGGAUGGUGGCCUCAGUGGCUGUUGACAUCAAUGAUGCAGAUGCUGCCAGAGCUCAGGAACCUCAGGACUCAUCGGUUCCCAACCAGACUGUUACUGUGGCCGUAGUUACCAGGGCGGCCUCCCCUCAGCCUCCAUCCACUCCUGGUUCAGAGAUGGCCCUUCCUGUUGGAACUACAUCUCCCAUAAAGCAACAGCUUGAUCUAAGACCAUGUACAACUGUAGUUAGCACUUGUAGCUCCAGUAUACUCCCUUGUCCAAGUGUUGUUGACUCAGCACUCCCUUCCAUCCAAGUAAUAAGCAUUGAGGUCCCAGCUGAGGGCCCUAGAUCUACCCCUGCCCCGAAAAUUACACUAAAGUCGAGCCCUUCUACUCCAACAGAUGGAACUUCUAAAAUGCUUACAGCUGAACUUACUGUAGAAACCCUCAAUUUAACAAGGACUUUUGAUACAUCCAACGUUCCUAGUAGCCCAACUUUAAUACCAUCUCCAGAUGUUGAAAGAACUUUGGCCUUACUUACAGGCUCUGCUGGUAUCCAAACCCUGGACCCAAAUCCUAGCCUUGUGCCAAUCCCAGCACCUUCAAACCUUACCCAAGCUCCAGACCCAGUGCCUACAAACCAAGCCGGAGACACUAUAAACUUUACAGAAAGUCCAGAAGUAGAACCCUCAAACCUUAUCCCGAUUUCAGACCCACUGUUGCCAAACCUUUCCCAAACACCGAAGCCAUUACCUUUACACCUUACCCCAGGACUAGACUCACAAACUAAAACUACACACAUUCCACAUUCCACAUUUAACCCUGGUCUAACUCCUGCAGACUCUAACCUUACCUUAGCCGCAGAUGCAGCACCCAAUCUACCCACCUCAGCCCAUUACCAGAACUCAGAGCUGUUACUGGGAUCAGGUCUAACUCCGGGUCCAAUGUCAGACUUACCCCAACACCCAGGAGCUGUAGCUGAUCUUGUAUCUUGUCUCAAUCCGGAUACUGAAUCGGGUCCUUGUCUGGUCCUGUCUCAAUUGCUCACAGUCCCAACACCUUCCUCCUCCUGUCCAGCUAUAACCAUACAGUCUGAAUCUUAUUUUGCUCCCUCUCAGUCGCCCCCUCCAGCCAUUUCCCCAUCCUCACCCCGAUCUCUUCGCUCUCCUCCAAUUCUCUCCUCCCCUCCAGCCGUGGCCUCCACCUCCCUCACAGCCCCAGCUUUACUUCUGGACCCACUCACUGCUCUGCACCAGGCUGACAAAGGUGGAUCUUCCUCUGGCCAUGCUUCCUCACUCUCCCCCUCACCUCGUGCCACUCAGUCCCCUCCGAAACAGACUCUCUUCUCCCCCUGUGUGGAUGUCUUUGAACCAGGACCGCCCAACUGGGAGGAUGGAGAAGAGGAGCAGGGGGAGGAGGACAAUGAUGAUGAAGAUGAUGACAUGGGAGCUGAUGAGAGCCAGUAUAGACAUCGACGACUGACUGGUGACUCUGGAAUCGAGGUGUGCAGGUGUCGGGUAGAGAAGGAAGAUGAUGAGGAGGAGGAGGAGGAGGAAGAGGAAGAGCAGACGGAAGAAAGGAAGGAGGACAGUAGAGGAGGAGGAGGGGAGAGGGAUAAAAAAGGAAGUGGAAACACUGAUCUCCAUGAUAGUGUGGACUGCCCUGCCAGAGGUCAGAUAACCACAGGGGAGGAACUGACACUGUGUAACCCCACCUCCUCCACCACGCCAACUUCAGAGGACAGUGGUGAAGUCGUCAUUGUCAUGGAGACGGUGUGACGGAUCAAUCCUUUUGCCAUCCAGACAAGGCAUGAAGAGAAAUUUAAACUGCUUGUGGAGAUUGUUCUGAAAUUGACGGGUUACAUCAUAUCAAUAAAUGUUGCUUGUGCAGCAGCUGUUAGUCAGACCAGCACAGGUAUACGAUGUGUCAUAGCAAAAUUUCCAAUGAGGAGCAUUAUCUCAACUCAAUAUCGUUUUUUCAACUGUGAGUUGAAAUUUUGAUUGGCCAUGGUUCCAGUCUAAUAUGAGUUUUAAAAGGAGGAGAGGCGUUUACUUGGAUCGCAUCCAAGGUUGAUAACGUUUUACAACCACUGCACUAGAGAACUGCUCUCAGCUAUAAUAUGUCAAGAGAAAUUAGGACUCCUGCUCCCCAGUUUAAACCCAACAGAGAAACACUGGUGAGUUGUCUAUUCAUUAUCACCAUUUAAUGUGUCCUAGAGGUUGAAACAGCUGGUUGUGAUGUGUCUGUUGAUCCAGUGAUGUUCUCAGUCCGAUAACAGUUUGGCUGCAUGAAAUGUCGAAAAUGUAUCGUCAUCACGAUAUCAACAUGCACAAUAUAUGGCUUGAACUGCAUGUCAAUAUAUUUGGCCAAUCAGAUGGAGCCCUGCUGCCCAGGAUAGUAAAUUAAAGAUAUUCAGAUAAUUUACGGGUUUUUCCGUCAAUAAAUCAUUAAAAAAGUAAAAGACUCAAAUUGACCUUUGGCCAUUUGCGGUUUAUAAACAAUGAACAGAGCCUCUUAUUCACAAAGCUAAUUCUCCUCCAUAGGAGGGGCUGCAAUGAUCAGUUACCAGUUUGCAAACAGCGGUCACAUCAACAGUCGUAAAUAAAACUCAGACUGAUCUUUCUAACAGUUCCAGUUGAGUAACUUUGCACGUAAUGCAGACGUGACUAAUAAAGUAAAGACGUGGACAUGUCCUAGCAUACAACAUUUAAUUCUGUUAUAAUUAAAUGUUGUAUGAAAAACUGCUAUAUUGACCAUGCACAAGAUUUUUAACCGUCACUCCACCAGUAGUUGAGUGAUCCAAUGACGUUCACACUCACAAGUCCUAAACAUUCGAAUCAUUCACGUCUGCCUUCUGUCCCAUAUGGUGCGAACAUGGUUGCCUUGGGACACGUCACACCUCUGACAGAAAUGACGUUGUCUUUCUUACGUCUGUCACCGCAAAGAAAAGAGCAACUUUAAAUAGUUGAAUGUUUAGCAGAACACUCCUCGCUCGUCUCGGGUGAUGACGGCGGUUUGAACACAUACAAGGGACAAAUUGGCUGUUUUGGAAAAGAAGAGAUGGAUGUGGGAGGAUGAUUCACGCUGACUGACAGAGGGAAGACUGAUUCAUGCGUUUGGGGAGACGACUUGAUGAAGACGUCUGUCAUGGAAGAGGGAUUGGGUUGGUAGUUUAUGAAAUGGGAGAGAAGGCUCGUCAAAUUUGAUGCAUUUCUGGUUUAACUAGAUCCUAUGUGGAAAGUUUCAUGGCGGAGGGGGGGGUCAGUCGGUUUCCUGUGCGUCCGCUCUUCAGCAGAGAAAAGCUUUUUUUAUAAAUUAGAAUAAACAAUGGCGGCUGUUAGACAGAAACAAAGCACCAAACAGAACAGAGACGGGAGCGUGUCAUCGUCUUUGUCUCUUUAUCUGAAUUUGAGGUCAGAUGCAACAAAGCUAUGUUUAGUCUUCAUCUAAACUGAAAUAUCCAUUCUCUCAAUUCGUAGACACCUCUCCUUUUUUUAACAUUCACAUCCGGACUAGUAAACUGAAUUUACUGCAUCCUACAGAAAUCACAAACUCUUUCGGGGUCUUUAAAAAUGACAUUCCUGGAGUCGACACAAUUUAUUUUUUGGCCUUUUGUUGUAACAUAUUAAUGUUUCGUACGCAGUCAGAUCCAUCAGUGAAUAUUAUCAGUCAAUAUUGAUAUUUUGUGACAGAAAGACUUAAAGGUAGAGUAUAUUUUGUCAAUGACAGAGUGUUAGUAACAUUUGUAUUGUACAUGAUGGUGAAUUUCCAACCACCUUCUGAAUUAGUGAAGAGCAAUAUUUUUCAUCAGCAAGAGUCUGUGUGUAAAUAACAAAUUCAGGACGACUGCAACACAUCGUCAUUGUUGGGUGAAAACCUUGUUUCUCCAGUUGAGGUGACAUAUGAUGCACUUCUCUGUUGUCCGCUUCGGUCGAGGAAAAUCCUACUCCCUCCACACAAACUGAAAAAUGCAUCAGUAUCUCAAAGAAUUAGCAUCUUGGAGAUGUGAAGUUUUUACCCAACAAGUGCAGAAAAAUACGGAAGAGUAGAGGGGUCAGGUAUCAGAAAAAACGAGUCCAGGUGAAUUCAAUCAAGCUGCACCAAAUAGUCAGUGCCACACCAUGCCUGAUUAUUUUCAUCAAGAUCCACGAAUUAUUGAAAAUGUUAAGUUAAAAUCUCACAAUAUAAAAGAAAGUGGGAAAAAAAUCCUGGAUUUGCACCAAAUUUCAGUCUUUCCCUGCCACACAUCCUUCCACCAUGUUUUCUAUUCAUCUGUUGUAGUUUUUGCAUAAACCUCUUUUUGUUUCUUUUGCCUGAUUCUAAAACUCUUCCGUAAAAAGGGAUAGUGAAGGCUGGUGUGUUCUUCAAAAGAGACAAGUCAUUUCCAACACAAGAGACUCAGGUUUGCCAACACGCAUUUGUAAUAGUUUUACAUUUUUUAGUAAGA